AUGAUUAAUAAACGCCUGAAUGUGUUAUUCGUGCCGAUCUUAGGCGCGGGUCACGUGAAUGGCUGCAUAGGUGUGGCCGAGCGUAUGAUAGAGAGCGGACACCGGGCGGUGUUUAUGGUGGACACCGUAUGGUCGGGCAAAUUGACCGCUUAUGGCAUCGAAGAGGCACUCAUGACACCCGAAGGUACGGUUCCGCCCAUAAGUGCGGUCGAAAAGGCCCGAUAUAUGAUGGCUGUGGGCGUGAUUGGGGGCGCGUCGGCCCAUCAGAAGGCCCGACUCCGGGCAACGGUCGCCGACUGGUGGACAAAACACGCCCAGUAUAUGGACGGAGAGCUGCGGCGUCUGUUGCCCGUUAUUCGGCCCGACGUUAUCGUAUUGGAUCAGUUCGUGACACUGCCGGCGGCCGAGUUGUCGGGCGUGCCCUGUGUCUGGUGUUGGAGUUCUGUCCCACUUGUCAUCAUUGACGACGAGAGGGCACCGCCCGUACAAUCAGGAUUGUCCGCAUCCGGAGACCAGAGACUAUGGCAUGAGUUUCGAGAAUUGGUUCGAGACGUGACUCGAGAGAAAUGGCAGGCGUUUAACGAGUGGGCGGUCGGCCGGGGCUGCGAACCACUGCCCGAAUACUGUUUCCAUAGUCCCACACGUUAUCUUAAUAUAUACGGCUAUCCCCUGGAGUUGGACUAUCAGGACAUCCGGCCGUUGGGUCGCAAUUAUGUCCGCUUUGACGCACUAAAGCGCACCGAACGGCACCUGCCGUUCGCUGUGCCGCCAGAGUUGGCCACAAAGCCCGGAGCGUUGGUCUACUUCUCGAUGGGCACUAUUAGUUCGGUCGACGUGCAAAACAUGCGUCGAUUGGUCGCCAUUUUGGCCAAAUCUCCGCACCGUUUCAUCAUAUCGAUGGGUCCGUUGCAUAAGGAGUACACUCUGGCCGACAAUAUGUGGGGCCAGGAGUCGGUGCCGCAGAUCCGAGUCCUACCGCUCGUGGAUCUCGUGAUAACACACUCGGGCGUUAAUACAGUGACCGAAACCAUGUUCUUUGGGAAACCGAUGAUAGCUAUGCCUGUGUUCGGCGAACAAUACGAUAACGCCCAGAGACUGCACGACAAGGGCUUUGGUCUACGACUGGACGCAUACAAGUGCUCAGAGGAGGAGCUGUUGGCGGCGAUCGAGACUCUGCUCAACGAUAAAGCAUUGGCUGAACGCUUGGCCGAAGUCUCCCGAAGAAUACAAACCGACAAUAGUUUGGCAAAAGUGUCGCAACUUAUUGAGGAUUUUGUUCAAAAUCCGCGCAAAUAUAUUGAGUAG